AUGGCACAUCACUGUUGCAUCAACCAAAGGGUGAAGAAAGGGCUAUGGUCACCAGAGGAGGAUGAGAAACUCAUCAAAUACAUUUCAGCCAAUGGCUAUGGUAGUUGGAACUCAGUGCCUAGACUUGCUGGCCUCCAGAGAUGCGGAAAGAGCUGCAGACUGAGAUGGGUAAAUUAUCUCAGACCAGACUUAAAACGUGGGAGCUUCUCUCCCCAAGAAGAAGCCCUAGUCAUUGAACUCCACAGAAAUCUUGGUAACAAGUGGUCUCGUAUAGCCAAGCACCUACCUGGAAGAACAGAUAACGAGGUGAAGAAUUUUUGGAACACAAGAAUAAAGAAGAAGCUCCGGUCCCAAGAUCAUGCCAUUCCUCAUGCUUUAGCAACAUUUUCUGUAACUGAGUAUCUUAGUGGUUCAGAGCAAGGUGUCUCACCUCAUGUUCUAAAUCGGAAUUUCAACUUGAACAGAAAAUCCCAACAAGAUCAGCUACACCAACCCCCUCCAAUCAGGAUGCUACAAUCUUUAGAUCUUAGUGAUCAUAGAAUAUUAGAACAGAGCAGUUGUAGUCCCAGUUGGGUCCAUUUUCCACCUCUAAUCCCACCACUCCCAAACUCUUCUAGUAAAACUUGGUCACCGGGGCAUGAUCAUCAAACACACGAUCAACUUGGUCCCAAUCAACAAGAUCAAAACUUCAGCAUGAGAGCAUCAACUCCGCAAAGCCUUGUUAUCAACCCAAGAAUCUCUGAACCGGAUUCUGAAAAUGCAAUAUUGGCACCCGAGAUGCCGGAACUCUAUGAGAUCAUCAUCGGUGGGAUUAAUGUUGGUAGCGAGCGCAACUAG